AUGGCCGACCUCGACCUCCCCCAAAUCCGCGACCACCUCAUCACCCUUGCCCACCGCGCUGGCACCAUGAUAACCACCGCCCACCCUACGACUGGCACAUCAGGCUCCAAAAAGAACACCGCCGACCUCGUCACCGAGACCGACCGCGCCGUCGAGACCAUGAUCAGUACCUCCCUCCGUGCGAGCUAUCCCACCUUUGCCUUUAUGGGCGAAGAGACCUACGCUCCCGGCGACACCCUCACAGCCUCCCCAACCUUCAUCGUGGACCCGAUCGACGGGACCACAAACUUCGUGCACGGGUACCCGUACGUCAGUAUCUCUCUGGGACUGGCGGUAGAGAAAGUGCCGGUGGUGGGGGUGGUGUAUAACCCGUUUACGCGGCAGCUGUAUAGUGCUGUGAAGGGCGAGGGCGCCUAUCUCCACGAUACGGACGGGGAGGGUAGGACGCGAUUACCACUCCGCAACCCCACGCCCUUGUCGCUAGCCAACGCCCUCGUAGCCGUGGAGUGGGGCAGCGACCGCCACGGCAACGACCUCGCCGUCAAAUCCGACACUUUUCGGCGGCUGUGCGCGACGAGGGAAGAGGGCGGAGGCAUGGUGCACGGGCUGCGGUCGUUCGGGUCCGCGGCGCUGAACCUGUGCGCGGUGGCGAGUGGGAGUAUCGAUGCGUAUUGGGAGGCCGGGUGCUGGGCGUGGGAUGUGUGUGCUGGGUGGGUUGUGUUGAGGGAGGCGGGGGGCGUGAUGGUGGAUGCGAAUCCGGGGAAUUGGGAGCCGAGGGUUGAGGAGAGGAGAUAUCUUGCUGUUAGGGCGGGGGAGGGGCAGAGGGGGUUUGUUGAGGAGUUUUGGAGUAAGGUGGAGGGGAGGUUUGAGGUUGGUGUGUGA